UAGGACCGCCCGGCUCCCCGCUCCUCCAGCUGUCUCCCUCUGUCUGUCCGUCUGUCUGUCCCCGGCAGACAUUAAUAGCUGCACACAGAUUUCUCCGCAGACACCGGCACAGCGGUCUUCUCUCUCAAGCACUAUGGGACCCUCAGAAGGCAUCGAGCGAUUCGUCAGCCCGGGGAAAGGCCGAGGCAUGCAGGCCUUGCGGCACUUUGGUCUGGGGGAGCUGUUGUUCACCUGCCCGGCCUACACCUCAGUACUGACUUCCAACGAGCGAGGCAACCACUGUGAGCACUGCUUCAACAGGAAGGAAGGUCUUGCAAAAUGCGGCAAAUGCAAACAGGCCUUCUACUGCAAUGUGGAUUGCCAGAAAGGAGACUGGCCCAUGCACAAACUGGAGUGUUCCGCCAUGUGUGCUUAUGGAGAGAAAUGGAAUCCUUCGGAAACUGUAAGACUGACCGCAAGGAUUCUGGCCAAACAGCAAAUACAUUUUAACUGUUCCAUCAGCCAUUUGACUUGACUUGUGCUUUAAUGUGAAAAGCUGUAGCUCUGUUUCUUUCUUUCCGCAGACUUUAGCAAGCUGGACAAUGAGAAGAGAGAGCUCAUCCAGAAUGAUAUUGCAGCCUUGCACCAUUUCUACUCCAAAAAUAUGAACUAUUCUGAUGCUUCACUAGAACUCCUCUUUGCACAGGUUAACUGUAAUGGCUUUACCAUUGAAGACGAGGAGCUGUCUCACUUAGGAUCAGCUAUUUUCCCCGACGUCGCUCUAAUGAACCACAGCUGCUGUCCCAAUGUAAUUGUCACUUACAGGGGCACCGUCGCCGAGGUCCGAGCUGUGCGAGAGAUUAACCCUGGGGACGAGGUGUUCACCAGCUACAUCGAUCUACUCUACCCCACAGAAGAUCGGAAUGACAGACUGCAAGAUUCCUACUUCUUCACUUGUGAGUGCAGGGAGUGCACAACAAAAGAGAAGGAUGCGGCAAAGCUGGAGAUGAGGAAACUCAAUGACCCACCCUGUCCUAAGGAUGUUCGAGACAUGAUCAAAUAUGGCCGCGGUGUGGUGGAAGAGUUCAGGAGAGCCAAGCACUUCAAAAGUCCUAGUGAACUGCUGGAGAUGUGUGAGCUCAGUAUGGAGAAGAUGGGGACGUUAUUUGCAGACAAUAACAUUUAUAUGUUACAUAUGACGUAUCAGUCCAUGGGAAUCUGCCUGUACAUGCAGGACUGGGAAGGCGCCUUAAAGUAUGGAGAGAAAAUCAUCCACCCGUACCGUAAGCACUAUCCUGCAUACUCUCUGAAUGUUGCCUCCAUGUGGCUGAAGUUGGGGAGACUUUACAUGGGCCUGGAGAAGAAGACCGCUGGAAUUAAGGCCCUAAAAAAGGCCAUCAAUGUCAUGGAGAUAGCUCAUGGACCCGAUCACCAUUAUAUAGCCGAGAUCAAGAAAGAGAUGGAGCAAUAAUGCCAAAGGUCUACACGCUUUUCGCUUUGUGUCAGGAAUGCCAUUGUAUGUCAUUGUGACAUUGCUGGACAUGGAACGAUGCUUCUCCCUAGGGGAACACCCUAAAUCCCUGUUUUCUGCACUUCCUGAUACGACACCCAUCACUUGUAGCACUUGGAAGGCCUCCAUCAGUCAAGUACACAACUGCUGUGUAUGUGCUGAAAUUCCACUAGGGGGCGACGUAACAUCACACCUUUCUUUACACCAUAAAGUGGAUUUCUGC